AUGUCAAACCCCUCUACCGCAGACCCCUACAAAAAGAAAGUCUCCCUCACAGCCCUCCCCGUCGAACUAAUCCUCCAAAUCACCUCGUCCCUCCGCACCCGCGACCUCUCCGCCCUGCGCCUUACAAACACCCACCUAUCCACGAUCGUCGACCCCCAAUUCACAAAGAAAGCCUUCUCAACCCUCUCAACAAACCUCUCAACCCCCUCCCUCCACCGCCUCAACCAGAUCAGCACCUCCCGCUUCGCACCGGCGGUAACACACCUACUCAUAAACCCAAACCCAAGCACGUUCCACAACGCCCUCGGGUACGGAACGCCCUGGCCGCGAACACAAGAAUCCUGGGAACGCAAUCCCAAAAGCGGACCCGCGACACUCGCGCGGAUUCUGUCGAAUCUCCCGAAUUGCACGGCGUUCAGUCUCAAGCAGAUCGGGCUGGAUUUCGGCGUUAGAGGGUAUACGGACCUCCUCCCGCAACCUGUCUGGAAUGCGAAGAAAAGCGAGCGCGUUGUGUUAUCUGAUGUCGUGGCAUUACUUCUCACGCUCCUUCAGCAUGAGAAGCGCAGUGUAUCGAGCUUUGAGCUGGAGGCGGUGCAUGAGGGUAUCAAUAAGACGGGGUUAACGCUGAUCGCGAGCGCGUUCCUGAUUGAGGGGUUUGCACCGGCGAAGUAUGACUUCGCGAUUUUUGGAGGUCUGAAAGAGCUGAAGGUGAGCUAUACGCUCGAGCACCCGCUGCACGGGAAAUUCGUUGCAGAAAUACUGAGCCACGCGCCGGCGCUGGAGAACCUGCUUCUGAACGUGCGGUCUGCAACUGCGCGAGGGGGGCGGGCGUUAUUUUCUACGAUCUUCGCGGUGGACUUCAAGUGUCCGUUCAGCCUGAGGAGGUUUAAGCUCGCUGGGGCGCGGAAUAACCGGCACUUGGUUUCGCGGGCGGGGUUGGCGCGGUUUAUUCUGGCGCAGAGGGGGACGCUGCGCGUUCUGGAUCUGACCACGAUUCGGCUGAUGGAGACGGGGAACGCAGACGCGGACGCGGACGCGGACUGGGAUCCUGUCUCGGGCAGGCACAAGGGUAAUGAGUGGGUUCUUUUCUUCAGCGCCUUGAAAAGCGCAUCUUUCCCGGCCCUCCGCAGAAUCCACCUCGCCGGCCUCGAACUCCAGGACGGAUAUCCAACUCUAGAUGAGAACAUGGAGCAGGACGUCCCGUGCCACAAGCACGUUGUGUUUCUGGCGGAGGCGGAAUUCGUGCCGCUUGGCAUGGACGUCCCGCUUUUGCGCGGCGGCAAGGAAACGGCCUGUGUACGGUAUGAUGGGUGUGUUGAGGGGGUGGGGGCUGUACUUGGGAUGGUGUGUAAGUGUGUUGUCCUUCGGGAGUGUGAAUAUGUGCGCGAGGCAUGGAUGGACUAG